AUGGCAUUGUGCGAGAGUCAAUUGGAUUCGGCGUUGCCUCAGCUUAAGAGGGAGGAGUCCUCGCCGUGCAGCGAGGGUCAGGUGUCACCCGAGAAGAAGGCUAAAUUGGAGCCGAAUGGAGACAUAUACGGGCUUAACAAAGUGCCGGGUGGGCUGCCGCUGAGCGUGGACUUCCGCUCGCCCGUGUCCCACUUCGUGCCGCCCGCCGUUGAGCUCUACGCGGCGAGGAAGAAGCCCGAGGCGAUCAGAGAUACGAGCAAUGGACCCAGGUCGGUGUCCGAUGGCGGCGCAAGCUCCGCCCUGGCCACUCCCUCCAAGCGCAAGAGGGGCAGGCCGCGGAUAGACAAGAGCAGUCCGGAGUACAUAGCCAACCUGGCGGCCCGCAAGCAGGCCAAGGAGAUGGCGGCGGUGAUGAACAGCCGAGCGGAGACGGGGGAGAAGCGUAAGCGAGGCAGGCCGCGAGUGGACAAGACCAGCCCCGAGUACUUGGCGAGGAAGAGGUCCAGGGAGCUGGAGGCGUUAGAGAAGAAAGCGAAGAGGGAAUACAGGAGACGCACGACCGGUGACGUCUUUCUCUUUCACCCGCUCGCUCCUUCUCGCUCCGUCGCUCCAACGCCAAAAGUCCCGUUCCCGCUCUCCGUCUUGUCCUCUCUAACACAGUCACUCCUUCCUCACAGCCCCUCGUUCCUUUCCCCCCGACCGAAGUUGCGAUCGCGGCCCGUGUAUGUACGUGUGUCCCUCUCUGUCUCUCGCGCCGUCUCGCUCUCGCCGCGGCUAGCAGGCAAGUCGAUGGCGAGGGGCAGCGGUUCCGGCCACCAACUAAAGCGGCACUCGUCGAAGGGCCACUCCUCGAAAGGCCACCCCUCAAAGCACGCGUCCGUCACGAGGAAGCUGCAGCCGAAGAUGGCGUCCGUGGUGAAGAUCGGCGACAAGAAGGUCAUCGUGAGGAGAACGGGGAAGUUCGUAAAAAGGAGAGACUCGGCGGCAUCUUCAUCGACGGGGGACGCUACGCAACGCACCAAACGCAAAUAUACUAAGAGGACGCCCAGCGCGAAGAAGAACGACUCCCAGACACCGACGACGGAAAGAGCGAAGGGCAAGAGAGGGAGACCGCGGAAGAGUGAGCAGCUCGCGUCCAAGCAGCCGCAGCAGGCCAAGAUCCGCGUACGCAGCAACCUGAUGCCGUCCAGCACGGAGCCCAUCACCCUGGACAGCGACGACGAGCCGGAUCUGGGGUCGCCGGGCCAGGCCUCCGACUCGCUGAGCCUGGACGAGAACCUGCGCGCGCUGCGGCACAUACACGAGAAGUACGCCAACAUAGACAAGGACGACAUGUACGAGGCGCACCUGCUGGCGGCGAACUUCAAAAAGCCGCCCGCCGACGGGGGCGGGGCGAGGGGCCGCGUGGCCACGCCCACCUCGGCGAGGAGGGACGACGACGACGUGCUGUCAGUGCGCAGCUCGGACGGUGCGUCGGUCAAGGACCUGGACACCAGGGUGGAGAAGCUCGAGGACAGCUCGGACUCUGACAGCAGCACCUCAGGAUCAGGCAGCUCGAGCUCCGGCAGCAGCUCCUCGUCCAGCUCGGGCAGCUCCAGCUCCUCGGACAGCUCGGACACGGAGUCGGAGGGCGGCGGCGACAGGCCCGACGCCGACGACCAGCCCAAGCCUGUCGCCAGCGCGCUGGAGGACGACAGGUCUUUCGGCGCGUGGUCCUCGUACAGCGCGUACACCGGCUCGGGCUCCGGCUCGGGCUCCGACGGCGAGCCGGAGCCGCCGGGGGGCGGAGCGCCCCUCGCCGGGGGCGAAGCGCCCCGCGACGACGACAUCAGCGAGUCGGAGAACGAGUCGGCGGACAAGAGCUUCCAGUGCCACAUCUGCCGCAAGUGGUACUCCACCCGGGUUACCCUGAAGAUCCACCGGCGCGUGCACCUCAGCAGGGGCUCGGGCGGCUCCAGGUCGCGCGCUCGCUGCUCGGAGCGCUACGAGUGCGACUGCUGCAGCGAGACCUUCAGCCGGCGCGACAGGCUCACCGAGCACAAGGCGGAGGCGCACCGCGGCUCGAUGACUGUCCGCUGCGAGGUGUGCAGGAAGUGUUUCGAGGACGAGGCGGAGCUCGCCGCACACGACGAGAACCACACCGCAGACGAGAGGGCCGGCCGCUGCAGCGCGUGCGGCGCCACGUUCCCGCGCUACGAGCAGCUGCGCAGGCACCGCGCGUGCGCGCACGGCGACGCGGCGCCGCGGCUGCCGCACGCGUGCGCGCAGUGCGGCAAGCGCUUCGGCCACGCGCACUCGCUCACCAGGCACAUGCACAACCACGCGAAGCAGCUCUACAGAUGCGUCGUGUGCAAGGCGUCCUUCUCCCGAGCGGACCAGUUGGCGCAGCACCUGAACAGCCACCUCGCGAACUACAAGCGCCUCAAGCCC